CAAAACUUGACUUUCACCACGACAUGUUAUGCUACGAAGCCUGUCCCGCACGAUAACACGAGCCAUGGCUUCCAACGAGCCCGCACGCGUACCUAUCCCCAAAAAUGGCGUCGACUACCGAGGCAAAGUGGUGCUUGCGCCCAUGGUGCGCUCCGGUGAAUUACCCUCACGAUUGCUGGCGCUGAAGUACGGCGCAGACUUGGUAUGGGGGCCCGAGACGAUCGAUCGCGCCAUGAUUGGUACCACGAGACGCCUGAAUCCGCACACGUCGACUCUAGAAUUCUCGCGCCUGCCGACUUCCAAGCUCAAAAACCCCACGCUCGAUCCGCAUAAUCGCGAGAGCGUCAUAUACCGUAUACACCCGGAGCUCGAGAAGGGCAAGCUGAUAUACCAAAUGGGUACAGCGAAUCCGGAGCUAGCCGUGCAGGCGGCAAAGAUGGUUGCAGGGGAUGUCGCGGGCAUUGAUAUCAACUCGGGAUGCCCCAAGCCUUUCUCGACAGCGGGAGGCAUGGGCGCAGCACUUCUCAAGACCCCAGACCUGCUUUGCGACAUCUUGACGCGCUUAGUUGAGGAGGUGGGCAAGCCGUACGAAAUUGGCAUCAGUGUCAAGAUACGCAUCUUGGACCUGCCAGAAGACACAGAAACGCUCGUCAAGCGGCUGGUUCGCACAGGCAUCACUGGGCUCACAGUGCACUGCCGCACAACACCCAUGCGACCCAGGGAAAGGGCCAUCCGACACCAACUUAAAAUGAUUGGGGAUAUAUGCAGGGAAGCUGGUGUCGCAUGCAUUAUGAACGGCGACGUCAUAUCACGCACAGAAGCUCUUCAGCUUAUGGAAGAGUUCAACGUUGACGGGGCCAUGAUCGCGACCGAAGCUGAGAAGAACCCCAGCUGCUUUAGACCAGACGCAGAGGGCGGACCCCACGAGUGGCGAUCGCAGUGGAAGACCGCGGUAACCGACUACAUGCGCUUCGCACUACUAGUGGAGAAUCGAUGGGGAAACACAAAAUACCUACUAGGUCAGAUGAUUCCUGGGAAGGACAAGGCAUAUAAGGCAAUGAACAGCUCGAAGUGUUAUGUCGAUGUUAUCAAGGCGCUCCGUCUAGAGGAUGUGGAUGGUAUGCUGGAUCAAGCGAAGGUGGUCGAUGGGCAUCUAGGCAUACCAACGCAAGAAUCUCGCGCUUCAAAGAGGGCGAGAGUCAAAGAAGCGGUAAAGCAAGAAGCCGAUACCAACGAGCAGAAAGAUACGCGGAAUGAUAAUACCGAAGACGAGCCUGAAGCGAAGCGCGUCAAGGGUCCAGAGGCAGCGACGGAAGUUCCAAUUGCGGCCCAGCCUCAAGAGAUAGUUGCUCCCGCCGCACUGAGUGUAUAGACCUGAGUAUGGGGUGGCUUUGGGACGCGGAUAUAUGGAAUGGUGGGGCAUUGCUAGGCGUUUGAGCAUUUACAGGCGGAGCGAUAUUCCUGCACGAUGGCACUGGCAGUCUUGACGGGUACAGAAUCAAUCAAUGACUCUAUAGUUCUUUUCCAUCCUUAUAGGCACACGCCGUUACUUUUUGUCGUGAUUGUGUGGAUGUAUCAGUAGGCUUCCACAUGGCACAAAUUGAUGAUGUUCCUAAUCACAACUGCAUUGUUCUAAUCAACUUUGCCCAUUUUCACACUUUCUCUUAGAAUCUCAGG